CGGUCGCGGCGUCGCAGAGGCCUCUGGGAGGCGUAGUCUCUUGUCAGCCGCAAAGGCCUCCGGGAGUCGGAGUCUCGGCACCGAAACAACAGAAAGAGGUUGCGGUCCCACUGCAAAACAACCGUGCGAAGCUUAGUCCUCAGGGCCCAGCCGCCGCAAAGCUGUCUGGGAAAAGUAGUCGGCAAGUCACGUGAGGCGCCGGACGGCUCGUUUAGCCGCCAAGCCUCCUGGGAAAUGCAGUCGGGGGCGGCACGGCCCUCGUGACGUGAGGGAAAGAGGAAUCGGGUGACAAGAGUGGGGCCUGAGGGGGACCCACGAGAUGUCGUCUCCCGCGCCGGCGCGGGGGACUAAGGGCCCAGGCACAGGAAGAGAGUGCCUGGAAGCUGGUUGUCACGGCAACAUGAGGGCUGAUUUGUACGAGAAAGGCGGGCCUUUAGUCACGUGAUCAGGUCAGUGGUUGAGGCCAGAGGAGAGCUAGGCGGGAGGCUGUUGCCCGGCAACGCCUGGGCGCGGAGUCCCCACAGUAUAGCCCCUCCCCCCGAGGAGGUGGGCUCGGAGUCGCGUGACUCAGACCCUACGGGAGGGGGCGCGGUCGGAGACUGGCGGACGCAGUGGUGAAGUGAGGGCAGCGGAGCGCACGCGUGACUCCCAGGCCCGGACCCCAGCCCCGCUGGACAGCGGGAGAAACUGAGCCCUGAGUGGGUGAGUUCGCGAUUGGGAGAGUGCAGUGAGUCGCACGCCCCCUUUGUCCAGAGGGGAAACUGAGGCCCGGCGAGGUCAGGGGGCCGGUGGGUUCUGCGAGGAUCGGGUUUCCUCCUUUCCUCCCCCUUCAGAGCCUGGCUGUUUCAUCCAUCCAUUCAUCUCUCCGCCCACUCACCCACCCAGCCUGCCAGCCAACCCCUGCGAGGGAACUAUGGUCAGGGCCAGUUUGAGGAGAAUGUUGAGCUGUGGGGCUUCAGGGCUUUCCCUGGAAGUGGGGAGAGGUGGGAGAGUGUUCCCUGGUGAGGGGACGCUGGCGUGACUGGGUUAGGGCGAGGAGUUCACUUUUCUGAGAACUGAUAGAUUCAUGGAUAGGAAGUGGGGAAGAUGAGGAUGGACAGAGAGCCGAGGCCAGACCUGCUGGGUCUCGUGGGCUGAGGUGAGGAGGGUGUGGUCUCCAUCUGGGGCAGUGGUGAGCCCUGGGAGGGUUUGGAACAGGAAGGGACAUCUCAGAUGUUUUUGGACAAAGAUCCCUAUGGCCUUUCCUCUUUGCCCCAUGCAGUUCAGAGGAUAGAAACCCUAAGAUGUAAUGGGCUUGUGCCCUUUUCAGGGGAGAUCCAUGACCCCCUUAACUUUAAUCACCUGGCCUGUUUUUAUCUUUCACCUUCUCCCUGGAACAAGUAAAUCGGCUCCCCCAGCUGAAGUCACAUCUUAACCCUGAUGACACGGGCACCUCCAUCUCCAAGCCAGUCCUGAGUGUCCGAUUCCUUCUGGGUGUCUCCAGACAGAGUUAUCUUUCUGGGCUCCCCCACCUCUCACCUCCCACAUUCCUCAUAUCACUCUGGGUCAGUCUAUCUGUUGAGUACCUACUGCAUGUCUGGCAGUUCAGGGCACGGAAGAUCCAAAAGGGAGCAAAACAGAAGCAGGUUUCCAUUUCCUUUCUGCCCUCAUGGAGCUGAGUCUAAGGGGAGAGAGGGAUCCUGAACAGGUAACAAAUCAUCAAGAUGAUUUCAGGGGAUGACAAGUGCUGAGAAGGAGAAAAGUUCUACAGGUAAGAGAGAGGGGGUGACCAGGAACAGAGGUGCUUUAGAGGAGGAGGCCAGGGAAGUGCCCUCUGAGGAGGUGAUUUUUCCAGCCAAGACUUGAAAGAGCAAGCCGUUGGGUUGUAUUUGGGAAUACAAAAUACAACCUCGUAGAGGGAACAGCCAAUGCAAAGGCCCUGAGGCAGGAUGGUGAGUGGCUGGUUCCAAUGAACAGUGAAGAGGCUGGUGUGGCAAAGCAGAGUGAGCAAGAGGGGCUGGUCCAAGCAGACCCUUUUUGGUCACCAAGGCUUUUGUUCUAAGUGAAACGGGCAGGGUUUUCAGUAGGGGAAGAAGAUGGCUGCAGUGGUUCAGGUGAGCUAGAUGAUGACCUGGACCAGGUGGUGGCUCUGCAGAUGGAGAAGAGGGGGCAGGGCCAGGGGCAUCACCGCUGGCUCUUCGAACAAAGACGCCGUUGGGGAAAUGGGUGUGACUGGGGUGCGACUGUGGGCCAGGCCUGUGCCGGCCCCCCCUCUCUCCCGCUGCAGACCCAGGGAGGGCCAUGAAGGUGCUGCUGCUCGUGGGGCUGGGAGCCCUGUUCUUUGCCUAUUAUUGGGAUGACAACUUUGACCCAGCCAGCCUCCAGGGAGCCCGUGUGCUGCUGACUGGAGCCAGCGUGGGCAUCGGGGAGGAGCUGGCAUAUCACUACGCGCGCCUGGGCUCCCACCUGGUGCUCACUGCCCACACCGAGGCUCUCCUGCAGAAGGUGAAUUUCCUGAGUUACGUGCAACUGACUUCGUUGGCGCUGCCGAGUCUGACUGACAGCAAGGGCUCCCUGGUGGUGGUGUCCUCGUUGCUAGGCCGCGUGCCCACGUCCUUCUCCAGCCCCUACUCGGCGGCCAAGUUCGCGCUGGAUAGCUUCUUUGGCUCUCUCCGGCGGGAGCUGGAUGUGCAGGACGUGAACGUCGCCAUCACCAUGUGCGUCCUGGGCCUCCAGGAUCGCGCCUCGGCCGCCGAGGGAGUCAGGGGCGUCACAAGGGCCAAGGCGGCCCCAGGGCCCAAGGCAGCCCUGGCUGUGAUUCGUGGCAGCGCCACGCGUGCCUCCGGCGUCUUCUACCCGUGGCGCUUCCAUCUGCUCUGCCUGCUUCGCGGCUGGAUGCCACAGCCAAGGGCCUGGUUCAUCCGCCAGGAGCUCAACAUCACGACCCCCGCUGCUGCCUGAGCCCCUGGGCUUAAUGCCCCUUCGUCUUCCCAGAAGAAGACCCUCCAGCCAAUCGUCCUGGAGCCCGGACAGACACCUCUGAGCAGGUGGCCAAGGGCCAAAAGAAAGUCAUCAAGACAGAAAAGUAAACCUGAGAAAAACUACCAGCACCUGAAAGCAGUCAGAA